GCACAACCAAGCAUUCCGCCACAUCCGGCUGAUUUCGAUCCCCUUGAACUAGAAAUCCUCAAUCGACGGGAGGCGUUUAGUCUUCCACCAAAAGAUGUCUGCGAUAUACUGGUUAAGAUUUUCUUCGAGUGGAUAGCGCCAAUCCUACCUGUGAUCAACAGACAAGACUUUAUGCGCAAAUAUCACAGUCUAGAUGAAACAGGCCCACCUAUUCUGCUACUCCAGGCAAUGUUCAUGGUCGCUGCCAGGUUCACGGCGAACCAGCAGAGCUCAGAUGGCCGGAGUAUUUCGCCCCGUGUGUUCUACAAGAAGACGAAGGCGCUUUAUAAUGCGGGGUAUGAGAAGGACUCGGUGACUAUUCUCCAGGCUGUCAUAUUGUUGGGGAUGUACUGGGAUGGUCCUGAUGACCUUACAGAGUGUGGUAUUUUCUACUGGAGUCGACUCGGGACUGCUUUGGCACAGGCAUAUGGAAUCCAUGAUAGGGAGAUAUAUACGGAUCUCAAUCAUUCAGAAAAAAGCCUACGAAAACGGAUCUGGUGGACGCUAUAUACGCGUGACCGAUCCGUAGCAGCCGCUUUUGGCCGGCCACUGCAUAUCGAUUUAAGUGAUUCCACGGUAGAUCCACUGACUGAAAGUGACUUCAUCGAGCGCGAUGAGCAAUUGCAGAUCGAGUACCCAUCUGACAAGACCCAAGCUCGGUUCUUCAUUGAAUAUGUCAAGCUCUGUCAGCUCAUGGACUUAGGAUUAUGCCUUAAGCUAUCGUCGAGAUCGAUACAAGACAAUAGACGCGCCGAAGCUGCUCAAUGCGAACUGGGAUUGAGUGAAUGGCUUGCGUUCUGUCCUUUGGAGCUGCAAUGGAGACAAUCCAGGCAUACGUUCUUGUCAGGUGUUCUAUUUUCUGCGUUCUAUACGAUAAUAUGCCAAUUGCAGCUGCUGCAGGAACCGGACUCCUCCAAUGAAUCUCAGAAAUCAUCAUUCCAUGCUGCAUCAACCGUUAUAUCAAUUCUGGAGACGCUAUAUUCUCAUGGGCAACUUCAAUAUGCCCCUUCUUUCAUGUCUGCCGUUUCCUUCGUAACCUUACAACAUCAAAUGGAAGCAUCAGUACCUUCCCUCCUACACGCAAUCAGACUUAAACUCGAUGCAAACCUCGAAAUGCUAGAAGUGUUAUCGCAGACAUGGCCCAUCGCUGGGAUGAUGCUAGAGCUAUUCCAGACCACCGCCACUCCGGCACAUUUUGACCGGCUGUUGACAGCAGUAGUAGAUGACUGUCACCGUCGCUCUUUGGGAGAGACAAAUGACACGAGCAGUGGAUCUCGAUCGUUUCAAAGAUCGAGACUUCGACAGGUCAUUCUUCCGCAGAGCAGGGUUGUACUCCAGCUUCUGGCGAGGACCAGCCAGAAUCGAAUGACUGCGAUUUCACGUCCAAUUCUGGGCGAUGUAUAUUCGGAUGCAGAAGUUGAGAAUGAGUCUGCUGGGUUACGUCCAGGGGAAAUUCACUUGAACGGGUCUCCGGAUGCAUUUUCGUCAGCGCUCGAAACAGAUCCGUCUGCGAUUUUACAGAAUCUCCAGGAAAUUAUCCGUAUAGGCAGAUCGAACAUGCCUAACAAUGAUCAUCACCUGUCUUGAUCGUGUGCCCCUUUUUUGUUUCCAAUUGCAUUCGUGAAUGAAGAAUGAAACCUCAGGAAUCGAGUUUCUGGAAGCCGACCCGAGCUCGGCGACUUCGAGUAUGUAUACCUCGGCACUCUGCAAUGCUCGGUUGUUACAUUAAAUGGUAAAUGGUGGCUUAUUGAGGCAUAUACAUGCGUAGAGCUAUUCAAUAUUUUAGAUCCAUAGCCUCCAGCAGUAAUAGGCACAAGUACAGAG